UAACAUUUAACAGAGUCUACUCGUGCUGAAAUCUUUCAGAUGUUCUACAAUCGGAGGGAAAUGGCAUUAGGCGUGCAAAACGAUACGGAAGAAGUCUGCAGGAACCAAGAUUCACACGGAAGCGGUUAUUAAUGAAAUUGUUCGUCAAUUGUACUGUCAAGGAGACGGCAAUGAAUCAAGUUCUACUGUCGUAUAAAGACAGACAUGGAACGCGAUCGCGUUAGUCGUAUCAGGAGAAGCUGUUAAACAUGUUGGCAAUAAUUCUACCAUUUUUCUUGGCCGCACGAAUGGCCGUCGACGAGGAGGCAUAUAGAGUCAAUGAUUGGCAGGAGUUCAGCCCAGAAUGCAUUUACGAUGUCGCGGUGAACAUAUCCACGGACAAUAUCUACGAGGGGAACAGUGAUACUUAUUGCUCGAUGAUCAUGACCGAGCUCAAGUGUCGACCCAUAGGCAGCGACACCCUAACUUGUCGUUUCGCGAACGGAAAGAUCCUCAGACCUAAUCCAGAGAACAGCAAGUGCCCUGAAGAGAAGUAUUUCACCCCGGUGAGCGACAACUUCAUCUACGGGGAACCGUUCGAGAUCAGAUUCAACGCUAAGGGCAUCGAGAACCUGGUCGUCUCGAGGCACAUACCAAGAUGGCGGCUGAACAUGGUAAGGGCCAUCGUCGAUCAGCUGAACAUAGGCUUCGAGCUGGAAAAGGGACGUCAGCGGUUCGUCACCACGGAGAACUCGAGAACAGGCUCCUGCGAAGUGGAAAUCAAAAUGUCAAGAGCGGGUUACAGCGCCAGAGACGCGGGAAACAGGGAUCUAGAGAUCGUCUUCGAACCUCCGCGACCGGAAAUCGCGCCGCUGAACAGGGCGAUCCUCCAGAUCGAGAAGGUUCGAGAUCCCAAGAACUGCCCUAACAGGAAGACCUACUUCUUUGGGAACAACGAUGACUCCAAUGGGAAAAAGAAUAUGUCCAUGGAUAAGAUCACAUCCGUUAGCCAUUUCCGCAUUUCUGAGAGGGAAAUGCACUCGUACACCGAAUCCACAGGCGUUGUGCGAGUGUUGAACGAUCCUAUGACGAUGAGGCUCUACCAGAAAAUAAGCUUGACCCUGAGAAGCAUACAUCCCACUCGAAACCCGUUGCCAGAAAUUAGAAAUCCAGCAUCGACCAGCUUGUACGCGUACACGAACCCCUGGUCACGUGUGAACGUAAACGUCUUACGCUUUUUGAGCCGAGAAUGAAGAAAACUGUCCUAAAUAAUCCGUACAACCCCAAAGAAAAAAUUAAGAAAGACGUUUUGAUAUUGUAAAUCUGAGACUUUCUACCAAUUCCUCACCCACUAUUAUUCAUAUCCUAAAAUUAAUUUGUACGCACAAGUAUACGAUACUAUUCUAUACAUGUAAACGAUUGCUCAAAUGAUAGUUUAACCUUUUUAAAAAAGGAAAUAUUUGUUAAUCUACUUCUGAAUAUAAUAUUGAAACAGUUACAAAGACCCUGUUCUGUAGUUCUGUAGUUCUACA